AAAUUGCAAUUAAAAAAUGUCCAUCACGGAUGUCGGUACCCAAAUUUUGGAAAUUCCCGCACUUCAAAGAGACUUCCGAGAGGGAGCUCUCUACGACGCACGUAGGGAACAGAUUGAUAUAGGCUGCAGCUUGUGGAACACAGAUGACUUAAAUAAAAUCAAGACCCGCCGUAACGACACCCCAGAUUACGUCAUGAAUACAUUGGACAAAUUAAGCGAGAAACUCAGCGGAGUUCAUAUGAGCGCUCCUGUUCAACUCAGUCUCUUAUCAGGAUUGAUUGACACCAGAGAAUCAACAGUGUACGAUUACGUGACGCAAUCGAAAAGUACCCGAGGCGAGUCCAGCGUUCAAGUCAAAUAUUUCUACAAAACGGGAUACAAAGAAAUGAGCAUGGAUCAAUUGACAAAUAUUCGCUAUCCAGAAGUUGCAAAAACUGGAAACAACAACGCAGCGACUAACUUUGUAAUCAAAAUCCAAUACGGCGUCGGUGCCAUCUUCACCUUCACCAAAAAAUGUAAAAGUAGAGAAGAAGAGGGAAAAGACAAGUCGGAGCUGAAACAUUGUGGUGAAGAAAUCAAAUCGGCCCUAGAAGGUAAAUCUAGUCAUAACGAUGAAACCCAUCGCAAUGCCUCAUCAAGUCACAGCAGGAUCAAAUGCGAGUUCAAAUGUUUCGGUCUGUCCCUGUGUGAAGCCAAUCCGACAACGUUCGACGAAGCCGUCAAGUUUGCUAGCAAUUUUCGCAAGAUUGUCCACAAAUCAAUCACUUUACAAGAAGGUGAGAAACUGGGUGUGCCUUGUACCGUUUGGCUCCGUCCACUCGUAUUGCUGCCAGAAUGCGCUGACGCACCCAAACUUCAUUGCGACUUUAAUUCCGAGCAGGCGUCUCAAUGGAUCAAGAUCCUCGAGGAUUGUGACGCAACUGAAAUCGAACUCAAAAACGCGCUCGAGAGAACCAAUAAAAUCGUUUAUGAUUUAGUUUUUGCCUGGAUUCUCGGUUGGCCACUUUAUUUGCUAUCGAUAGGACAAUUAAGCCUUUCGGAAAACGUUAGAAACAUGAGGAACGAUGUUGGACAAAAAUUGGAGUACGUAACCAAAUUCCGCAGCGAAAGCAAAACAACAUUGAGAAAAAUGAUCGUCGAAGUCCGCAGUGGCGUUAAAACAAUCCAAGAUUUCAACCAGAAGACAAAUUUAUUUGCCGGUUCUCUAGACGAUAUCAGAAAGUCAGCCAAAAAGCAGCCAAGUUGGUUUGCCCUUUUAACCACUGGUCGCACAACACGUGUGCGACAAUAAAAAUUUUAAUUAUAAAACCAUUUAAACAUUUCUGUGGUAUCCAACUUAGCCAACUCCUGAAUGUGUGUGUACGUCAGUGCCUAAUAGUCUUUGAUUCAUAAUACAAUGGACUGACAUGACAGCACGCGUUGUCUAAUUAAGUUACAUGACUUCCAUGAGUAUGUCCUACUAAUUCUGAAAUGCAAAUAUUUCUCGAGUAGUUGACAGUUCUUUUAGUUACCAAUAAAACUGGUUAUAAAAUUCAAA